GCUCAACGCUUAAGCAAUGGCCGAUAACGAGGAUCUUUUAGAUUAUGAGGAAGAGGACCAGACCGAACAGGUGGUGGCAGAGACCACGGAACAACCGAAAAAGGAUGUGAAGGGUACUUACGUAUCGAUUCACAGCUCCGGUUUCCGUGAUUUUUUGCUAAAGCCUGAAAUUCUGCGCGCCAUUGUCGACUGUGGUUUUGAGCAUCCAUCUGAAGUGCAACACGAGUGUAUUCCACAGGCCGUGCUUGGUAUGGACAUUUUGUGCCAGGCCAAGUCCGGUAUGGGAAAGACGGCUGUAUUUGUGCUUGCCACGCUGCAGCAGUUGGAACCGACCGAGAACGUGCCGUACGUGCUGGUAAUGUGCCACACGCGCGAGCUCGCUUUCCAGAUUAGCAAGGAGUAUGAGCGGUUUUGUAAGUACAUGCCCACCAUCAAAGUGGCCGUAUUUUUCGGAGGGCUGCCGAUCCAGAAGGAUGAGGAAGUGCUGAAAACGACUACACCACACAUUAUCGUGGGUACACCGGGGCGCGUGUUGGCGCUUAUUCGCAACAAGAAGCUGAACCUGAAGAACCUGAAACACUUCAUACUCGACGAGUGUGACAAAAUGCUCGAACAGCUAGAUAUGCGCCGCGAUGUCCAGGAGAUUUUCCGUAACACACCACACGGGAAGCAAGUGAUGAUGUUCUCUGCCACACUGAGCAAAGAAAUUCGGCCAGUGUGCAAAAAGUUCAUGCAAGAUCCCAUGGAAGUGUAUGUUGACGAUGAAACCAAACUAACGCUGCACGGUCUGCAGCAGCACUACGUCAAGCUGAAGGAAAACGAGAAAAACAAAAAACUGUUCGAGCUGCUUGAUGUGCUGGAGUUCAAUCAGGUGGUGAUUUUCGUAAAAUCCGUUCAACGUUGCAUGGCUUUGGCGCAGCUACUGACCGAGCAAAAUUUCCCCGCCAUCGGUAUUCACCGUGGCAUGGUACAGGAAGAACGUUUGUCACGGUACCAGCAGUUCAAGGAUUUCCAAAAGCGUAUCCUGGUGGCGACAAACCUUUUCGGACGAGGCAUGGAUAUUGAACGUGUGAACAUUGUGUUCAAUUACGACAUGCCGGAAGAUUCGGACACCUAUCUGCAUCGUGUGGCCCGUGCCGGACGUUUCGGUACCAAAGGUCUCGCCAUUACGUUCAUCUCGGAUGAGGCUGAUGCGAAGAUUCUGAACGAUGUGCAGGAUCGAUUCGAUGUGAAUAUUAACGAGUUGCCGGACGAAAUCGAUCUCUCCUCUUACAGUAAGCUUGCUGCUACGCUCUAG